UCAGAACCGUGUAGGAAAAAAAUCUGGAAAAAUAUAACGCUGUCUUGUCUUCCUUUCUCCCACAGCGGAGGAGACGAAACUAUCCAUGAGAAUCGAUUAAUUUGCUUUGUACUUCAAAUCCUCUCUCCUUUGUUCAAGUUCAGUUGCAAUGAAUUGUCCAGCCAUGAGUGCAUCUGCGUCGUCUUCCUGUUCCUACUCAACGUUUCGUCCUCGUCCACUGUUGCCUCAAACGAGAUUACCUAUUGAGGUAUUUGCUGCUUCGGACGGGUAUCAUCAUCGGGGAUGGGGUGAGAAACAGCCACUCCGGCUGCUUGGGAAACAGUCAUUACCUUUGAGAGCGCUGGUGACCUCAAACAUUUCAUCCUCAGCGGUAAUCAGCGAGGAUGAGAAAAUAGGAGUGCUGCUAUUGAACCUCGGAGGCCCCGAGACUUUAGAUGAUGUGCAACCCUUCUUGUUUAACCUCUUUGCAGACCCGGACAUUAUAAGAUUGCCGCCGCUGUUCCAGUUUCUUCAGAAGCCACUGGCACAGUUCAUAUCCGUAGCAAGGGCACCCAAAAGCAAGGAAGGAUACGCAUCAAUUGGCGGUGGUUCCCCUCUUCGCCACAUAACUGAUGCACAGGCUGACGAAUUAAGUAAGUGUCUUUCGGAAAAAAACGUCCCAGCAAAGGUAUAUGUUGGCAUGCGUUAUUGGCAUCCAUUCACUGAGGAAGCCAUUGAACAGAUAAAAAGAGAUGGAAUCACAAAACUUGUUGUCCUACCACUCUAUCCCCAAUUUUCGAUAUCGACUAGUGGUUCAAGCCUAAGACUCUUGGAGAGAAUAUUCCGAGAGGACGAGUAUCUUGUGAACAUGCAGCAUACUGUUAUACCAUCAUGGUAUCAGCGGGAGGGGUAUAUAAAGGCUAUGGCAAACUUAAUCCAAAACGAGUUGGAGAAAUUUGAUUCCCCUAGUCAGGUUGUAAUAUUUUUCAGUGCACAUGGCGUGCCUCUUGCAUAUGUUGAAGAAGCUGGUGAUCCCUACAAGGCAGAGAUGGAAGAAUGCGUCGAUCUGAUAAUGGAAGAACUAGACAAGAGAAAUAUAACCAACGCUUACACUCUCGCUUAUCAGAGCAGAGUCGGACCUGUGGAAUGGCUGAAACCAUACACCGAGGAAGCGAUCACUGAACUUGGUAAAAAAGGUGUUGAAAAUCUUCUGGCUGUACCCAUAAGCUUUGUGAGCGAGCACAUUGAAACGCUGGAGGAGAUAGACGUUGAGUAUAAAGAGUUGGCUUUGAAUUCUGGUAUCAAGAAUUGGGGCCGAGUGCCUGCGCUAGGAACAGAGCCUAUGUUUAUAUCUGACUUGGCAGAUGCUGUUGUGGAAAGUCUUCCAUAUGUUGGAGCUAUGGCAGUCUCAAACCUUGAAGCUCGACAGUCGUUGGUUCCGCUCGGGAGUGUUGAAGAACUAUUGGCGACCUAUGAUUCACAGAGGAGGGAAUUGCCAGCUCCAGUGACGAUGUGGGAAUGGGGAUGGACCAGAAGUGCAGAAACAUGGAAUGGAAGAGCAGCAAUGUUGGCAGUGCUCGCACUCUUGGUACUAGAAGUAACCACCGGAAAAGGUUUUUUGCAUCAGUGGGGCAUUCUGCCAUUAUCUCAAUAAAGAACAGAUAAUCUUCUUGUCCAUCACAAAAGCUACCCAAGAGUCUAAGACUGAGAUUUCACUUGCGGAAUAAGGUCUACUAUGUUAUUAUAACUCUCUUUUUCUGUCUUAAAAUGUUGACGUUAAGUACUAAAUAUUUCAUAAAACCUUUGCUGAUAAGCAGAUUUGUUGAAUUUGCUUUCAUCUCAAUAAAGAACAUAU